CGGGGCGUCCUGAAAGGGGCGGGGCGCCAUGCCCGCUCCAAAACAAGGCCUAAAACAAAACCAGCAGAUGCAGCAGGCGGACUCAGCAGAAGAUCUGAAGCAGCUGCAGCUUCGCUCCGGUUUCAGCUCCACCCACCAGGAAACAGUCCAGCUCUGAGCUUCCACAAAGAGAGGGCAGAAGGACGGACACUCUCCUACAACUCGCAGACACAGCUGUCUGCAGCUCAGGACCAUGAGGCCAUCCUGUCUGCUGCUGCUUUCCUUCCUGCUGCAAGUCAGAGCUGCUUAUGGAGACUUCAGAAUCUGUGCCUUCAACCUUCAGCACUUUGGAGAAUCGAAGUCCAAGAAAGCGGAUGUCAUGCAGACUCUCGUGAGGAUCAUCACUCGCUGCGACGUGUGCCUCCUGCAGGAGGUCCGGGACAGCAGAGGGACGGCGUUACCGGAGCUCCUCCAGCAGAUCAGGAGGUUUGACCCCAAACACGAGUACAAGUCUGUGUCCAGUGAGAGGCUGGGCCGCUCCGAAUCCUACCAGGAGCAGUACGUGUUUGUCUACAGAAGCAGCACGACCACCAUCACAGGGGAGUAUCAGUACCCAGACGACCUUCCGGGAGACGAGGACGCGUUCUCCAGAGAGCCCUUUGUUGUGCGCUUCAAAGCUCCGCAGACAGCCGUGAGGGAGUUCGUCCUCAUUCCUCAGCACACCACUCCGGCCAACGCCACCAAGGAGCUGGACGCUCUGUACGACGUGCUGCAGAGAGUCAGGAAGAUGUGGGGGAAUGACAAUGUGAUGAUCCUGGGAGACUUCAACGCCGACUGCAGUUACCUCCCCAAGAAGAACCGGAAGAACGUGCGGCUGAUCACUGACACCAGCCUGUCCUGGCUCAUCCCCGACACCGCCGACACCACCGUGCGCUCCACCACCUCCUGCUCCUAUGACAGGAUCGUUGUUCACGGAGAAGCAUUCAACAGAGCAAUCGUGCCGUCUUCUGCCAAAGCCUUUAACUUCCAGGAGGAAUACAGUCUGACGGAGAAGCAGGCUCUGAACGUGAGCGAUCACUAUCCUGUGGAAGUUCUGCUGAGGGUCGUUCUAACAAGGUCCAACAAUGGAGCCGGCUCCUUCUCCAUGGACUGCUUCAUGCUCCUCAUCCUGAGCCAUCUGAUCAUUCAGCUCCUAUCAUCAUCUUAGCUGAGCAGCAGACAUCUGUUGGAGGAAAAUCUGAGCAAAGCCUCUGAAUCCAAACAGGAAGAUCAUCUUCACUGAUGGUUUGGAGAAGAGCCUGAGAGGGUUUGCACGUGCUCAAAGGACAGCGAGGAGAUGUUUGGACACAGGGGUGAGGAUGUGUUGAAGCCAAAAUU